AUGUGUGGAGACAUAGACUCUCGUCUUCGACUGUCGCAGCGCAUGUAUCCGAGCAAGAUUGGCACACUCGCCCCGUUCACGCACCACAGCCUCGGUGCGAUAAGGGACACUUAUCUACCGGCCUUUCAGCUGCUCGCUCCACCUGAGCAGUGCAGCAGUUGUCUUCUGCAGGGCAACAGGCACGUCUGCUCGGACAGCUUAGCUAGUAAAGCGACCAGUUUCUCUGCUGUGUGCCUAGCUCACAUGCUCUGUGUUCCUCGGAUAUCACAAGUGAAUCAACAUUACUUUGAGGCGCAUAACUGUGAGAUAUCCAUCUUCGUACUUGGAUUGUUGCUCUCUAUAAGCUCUAGUGAUUUCUGUGCUGCACGUAUUGACGAGAAACGUGGUUACUCGUUACUAUUGUAUCAAUACGUACAGAGGGCAUGCUUCUGA